UCCACGGCAUACUAGGCUAGAAUGGAAAAUCUUUACAUCGACGUGCGAGCUACCAGUUUCGUAAAAUCCGUGUUUUGUGUUUUCCAAAUGUCGAAGGUUUUUGUGAGAAAAACAAAAUUGUGUGCAGUGCAAUCGUAAAAUUUUGUUACCAAUAGUGAAAAUGGCAUACAAGUGUCGUGAGGAGAUAGUUGGUAAAAGAUUUCUGUCAGUGAGUGGAAUUUGCAAGUUAAAAUCGGGAAAAAUUAGUGAGUGGGGGUGGAGAAGUGGUGUUAUUCGAGCUGCUACUCAUAGGGAUAAUAAAAAUACUGAUCUCCAGAUUUUAGUUGAAUAUGACGACGUUGAAUGGCAGAGACGUGAAUGGAUAUGUCCACAUAAAGAUGGGCUAUUCCAUCUGUUUAUGGUCGAGCAAGUGUUGGUAUGGGCACACCGCAGGGAUCCAUUUUCCCCUUCACAUGGAUCAGUGCUGUGGCCAUCGCUGACAUUUUCUGCUUUGGUAUCAACUGUAAAUAUCCCUUCCCACCUCCAACCAAUAGAGUUUUUAGUUGACCAUAACCUAGCUUUCAAAGACUACAAGCAACUAAAGCCUUAUCAGAAUUGGGAUAGACCACUGCCAGGGGUAAAAGAAUACCCCGAACUGAAACUAGCCGUAAAACGUUGGACGGAACUCCAGGAUGGUCAACGGAUAUUGUUAACCACUCCUAGUGUUCUUGUUGGAUAUAGAGUUGAAGUUUAUAGGGCCGAAGGCACGACCCAAUGGUACACAGCUGUGAUAAUUGGAUACAACGAAGCUACUAGAGACCUGACAGUUACUGACGAUACAGUUUUAGAAGAACAUAAUGAAGAUCCUUCGUUGCUGCAAAUGCGACUUAUUGGAGAUGGAGUUGUUGAAUCUAUUAUGCGUGGAGAAAAAGUCGGCAUAACACCAAGAAGAUCUCGCUCAUCUGCCUUACUUCACCAGACACCUCAAACUGCCACCCCUAAUCGCAUAAUUAAAGGAUUGCCAACUAGUGUUACGAAUUCCACAACCACAAGGAAACCAAGAUCGGGUAGGGCUGCUGCUCCGGAUCCUGGAAUAGCUCCAGAACCACCGGAUAAAGAUGAAAUCGUCAAAACUAAAUGGAAGACAUUAAGAGAUGGCUACAACAAAUAUAAAAAACAUGUAAAACAAAAUACUGCCUCUGGAAAAAUAAGUCACCCAUAUAUCUGGAGCUCCCAGUUAAGUUUUUUAGACGAUAUGAAUGCUACAACUUCCAAUAACACAUCAUCAGAAAACAAACCAUUACAAUGUUCAAGAGAAGCUACACCUUCUCUAGAGUCAAAUGACUCUAGAGAUAUAAACUUUGUAGAACUACCAUCAUUCAACUUGCCUGUGGAAGAAACAUCACUGCAAUCAUUCAACUUGCCUCAGGAAGAAAAGUCACCGUCUGAAGUGGAUAUUGCGGUGUCUACAUCACAAGUACGAAUAGAAUCAAAUCAACCAAAGAGCAAAAAACGACCUCUUCAAGGAGAUGUAGAUAAAGUUAUUGACUAUUUACAUGAUAGAAAGAAAAAAAAGCAAGAUGGAAUAGAUCUUUUAUUUUUGAGCUAUGCAGAGACGUUCAGAAAAUUGUCUCCAAGACACCAAGUUCAUAUAAAACUUGAAUUAGCGAAACUAUUUGCGGAUGCUGAGUUGGAAUGCUUAGAAGAAACUGUGGAUAUAAAACCAUCAUUCACGGCAUUAUCAUCACCGAGCCAUUCUACAAUAAGUUCCAGUAAUGCUAAUUCAUCUCAGCAACAACCAGAACAGCAUAAUCCAUUCCAAGAUGUAGAUCAACCUGAAUACUAUUUACCAGAUCAUUGUUAAUAUUUGUGUAAUUUUAAUUGUCUAAUAAAUUUGUUUUAAUAUAAUAAAAAAAUGCCUUUUAAA